AGUUGAAGUCGAGCGGUAGAGCGGUAAACAUGUCGAGUUCGAAUUGGUAUCUGGGCGGCAGCCUCUUGAUUUGCCUGAUAAUCGCCAAAUUCAGUGCGGUUGUUGGACAAGCGGGAACAGUGCACUGGAAUAAUGGAAACACGGCCGGAGUAGGAGCCUGGUCAAAUGCCCAGUCCGGCGGAAUGCAGCCCCCGGGUAGCCUUGGCAGCCACGACCCGCAGUACAGUUACGGCUACGCUGGCAUCGAUUCCCGGGGAAGCUAUGGCGGAGCGGGCGGCAACGGAGCCUACUACGUAGGCGGCACGGACGAGCACGGACGUCCGUUCUCCUAUGGUGGCCAGGGCCAGCAGGGCUACAUGGGUGUCAGGGAUCCCAACUACCCGGGCGGAGUCUACGGGUAUCGAAACACGGCAACAGGAAUGGGUGGCACAGCCCUCUCAGUGACCUUGGCCUUGACCCUCGGUUUCUUGGCAGCGAGGAGACUUUGAUGCGGUUCUAUCGCGGGAAAUUGUUUUUUUUUUUUUUGUAGCUCUUACUACUAAGCUUAAUUUAUGUAAAUUACCUAAAUAUGUGUGAACUUUUUAUUAAAACAGAAAAAACAACUGAAAA